GAAGGGUUUAAAAAAGAUGAGGUGGCUCAUCAAAUGUUGGGUUGAACAGUUUUUUUUCAGAGUGCUAUUUGUGGCCUGCCUCUUUGCACGGUACACACAGACUGACAGACCGGCAUGGAGACGCUGCUUUUUCUAUUUCCUCAAUUUAACUACAUGGCCCCAAAGGAGGAAGCAUAUUUCAAAAUGUUUGCUGUAGAAGACUUGCAGUCAUCAGCGAUGAGGGACAAUAGCAGCAGACAGAAAGACAAGGAGAGGAAGAGCAGACUAAGCCUUUUCCUCACCAAGUCAGGCUCCCAUGAAAACGUCAGUCCUCAUAAAAAGACAGAGACGACAACGAGCAACAUCUCACCAGAGGCAGCCUUGCAGUGGAGCGACUCCUUUGAAGAGCUGCUAAAGCACACAGAUGGGGUGGAAACCUUCUCCCAGUUCCUCAGGACAGAGUUCAGCGAGGAAAACAUUGAGUUUUGGUUGGCCUGCGAAGAAUACAAGACCAUAGAUUCGGAAACAAAGCGUCUGUCUAAAGCCAGAUAUAUUUAUACAGUUUAUAUUGAAUCAGAGGCUCCCAAAGAGGUCAACAUUGACUACAACACAAAGAUGGCCAUCAAGAAAAACAUGGAACACCCAGCAAGAAGCUGUUUUGAUGCAGCCCAGAUGAAAGUCUACAGUCUGAUGAAAAAGGACUCCUACCCAAGGUUCCUGCACUCUGACAUUUAUCUGCGUAUAACCAGGAGGAAGGGCCCCGGGUCCACCAUGUUUCGCAGAAGGUCACGCUCCUGUGUAUUCAACGACCGGGGAGAAACCACAACUGAGCCCUCUGCUUGGUAAUCAUGAAAUUGCACAGCCGUGUGGAUUUAUUAUCACCCGGGAGAUCAUAUUUGAUUUGCAACACAACUGUUGAAAUAUGAUGUGAUGUCUAAAUUACGGCCCACUGAUAUGUAGCGUGCAAUAUUUUGAUGUAACCACAGGUUCCACAAUCAAUUACUGCUCAGAAACGGCACCGCAGUAAAUUGACAUUGAUAUUAAUUUAAAUGUACUGUUUGGGAAAUAUUAUUAGUUUCAUAAUAUUUUUAUCCUCAUUUCAGCUUGUUAAAUUUUAUUAUGUAGUUCAGUUUACCCAAAAAAAAUGCUAACAGGGAAAGACAAGAACAAAAUCUCAUAGUUAAAAUUAGCUCCUAUUUUCUCCUCGCUCUUUAUGUUGUUUUAUUUGGCUUGUAAGUUGGAAAAUGGAUGUGGAAUAGCCGUUACCUCUCAGAUUUACUGUGUUGGUGUUGACGUUUGUAAAACCCCUAAGUUUUGUUAGGUGUUUUGGUGAACAAGCAGGCUAACAGCCUCACAGGCUAAUAACAGUAUUCCUUUGGAGUGCACAUGUAUGCAUCCAAACACUGUAAUAACACCUCUCUGGGCAGAGGUCUUACAGGGUUAUCAAUAGUAUUAGUCUAUUAGCUUUAUCAAACAUGGCAACCAUCUUGGAUUUUAGUGCAGAGUGUGUGAGAAAUUUUGAACCUUUAAAGUUG